GGAGAGAGCGGCGGCUCAACAGAGAGAGGGAGAGAGAGAGAGAGAGAGAGGCUGACAUGAGCUACAGAGGCAGUAGAAGAAGAAAAAGAGAGCAACUGUAGGAAAGUCUCCAGAACCAGGGCCAAGAUCAGAUCCAGGAACAGGACCAGAGGCUGUACACCAGAACCAGAACCCAGGACCAACACAGACCAGGAGCAGACCAUUCAACCAUGUCAGAGUCCAUCAGAAGAAGAAGCUCCAGCAGACAGCUCCUGCAGAACCUCAUCAGGGUGACGGCCCAGCGGAGCCAGGAGGACGCCGAAGAGGUAGAACGGGAGCGAAGGAGGAGAGCCAGGGAGAAGCAGAGAGGAGAGGAGAGCCCCUCCUGGCCAGAGCCCCCCCAUCACAACGAGCUGACACACAACACGGAAUUGGACAAAGAGGAGCUGAAGCCCAGCUGCUGCCUGGUUCUGGAGGAGGAUGAGGGCUUCAGUGACUGGAGUCACAGGUUGGAGGUGCUGCAGGAUGACUGCAGGGCCAGGGAGCAGACACGUUCAACACCACAGUGGAAACCAGGGCAUGAAGAGAAGAAAAAGCAGGAGGAUGGAGAAGAGGAGGAAGAGGGACAGGAGCCAGCAAGAAGCAGUCAGGCCCAAGAAGCUUCAACGAGACCUCCAGAGAAGAUAUCCAGCAGCAAAAAGGAAGUCAGGACGUCAUAUAGCUCGUCAGUGUUUGUGCCACAGGACACCAGACUGCAGUACGCCACAGGACAACCAGCAGACAGGACAUCCUACCUGGCGGCAGGGACAAUGAAGCCACGUGGAGGGGCCUGUAGAGUGGAUGGGGAGAGGGAGCAGGAAGAGCCAAAGGAAGAGGAAGAACAGGUGCAGCCCACUUUGCAGAGAGAGUGGAGGUCAACAGAAACCCGACAAAGCCCUGAAGAUGAAGACAAUCUGGAGAAGGAAGAGGUACUGAGCUUCACACAUGAAAUGAGGGAGGACCUCCAUCUCAGGAGGGAGCAGAAACACAGGGAGGAGGAGGAAGAAGAGGAGGAAGAUGAGGAGAAAGAGCACAAGACACCAGACAAGAGAUCAGUGGAGACGAGAGACAGAAGGAGUGAGGAGGUGAACACAAGAUCUGCAGCUUCUCUCUGCAGCAGCAGCAGCAGCGAAGGCGAGGAGCCAUUAAACUGCUACGGUCCCAUGAGCCCAACAUUCAAGAAACUCCUCAUACAGUUUUAUCCAGAUGAAGUCAACAGCAGAGUCUCAACAGAUGGUAAAUGCACGAUCAUAGAGAGAACUGAGUCUCUGAGGAAAAGCACCAACAUGAGGAAAACACUGCCUCCUGGUGCUGUUUCCAAGAUUGACAGGAAACUGAAGCAGUACACACAUGCACUCGAGGUCUCAUCAAAGGAUGGCAGAUCAUCAGGCGGUCAUACGCUGACAGACCUCACGAGUCCCACUGAACCUAUUGCCUCCAAGAAGAAUCUGUUUGAGGCCGGAGAAGCUUGGAACCAAAACGCCAUCUCAGUCACAGCAUCUAAGGAUGCAGACAGUGUAAAAGUCGGCGUGGCUGAUCUCAUCAAUCAGUGGGUGAGAGGAGGUGAAGAUGGCAGCAGGUGCAGCUCGCCCUCCAAACCAGCAGAAAUAAAACCUGGCGGUGUUUUAAACAAGAAAAAUUUAUGGGAGAGUCUUGGUGACACAUUAGCCUCUGGAAAAGAUGGGAAGGAAAGCUCCCCUGGUAAAAGGUAUAAAUUUGUGGUGACGGGUCACGGAAAGUAUGAGAAGGUUUCUGUUGACACUGAAGACGUGAACUGUCAGUCAGCUGGACAACCCUAUGACGAUUUGUGAAACACGUGUUGGACUUAUAAAAGAAAAAAACCUUUGUUACAUCACAAAUUUUAGCCACUAUUAUUUCAUCAUUCUCUGUGUUUCAAGCUUUAGGUUGGAAAUGUUCUUAAAUCCUGUUGUAAAGACAAAUUUACUUCGAUACUCUGUUAUCAUUUAAAAAAAAAGUAGUGAAGCAAAAAGUGAGUCUGUUCCCUAUUUAUACUGGACAGGUAUCCAUUUUAUCCUGUGAAUAAUAUCUCAAGGUACUUCGGCAGUAGUAUAUCUUUGACUACGAUGAAAUAAAAUCAAUUAGAAGAACUGCAGGUGUUUGAUUCCUCAAUAUUUACAAAGUUUUUGUUUUUGCUUCCAUUGUGAUUUACAGCCUAGAUGAGCUCAUUAUCUUCUACUGUGUUGCAUGUAUAGUUUAUUCAGCUGCUUACCAACUGUACUGAUUUAACCCAUGCUAAUGGCUCUGAGAAAACUCUGUAGCUGGCUUUAGAGAACUAUGAGCUCUCAUGACAACGAGCUCAUUAGCAGGUUUCAAAACUCUUAAUUGGGUCCUGAAGAUGCUGCAUGGCUACACAAAGCGUCACUAUUGGAAAUAGAAAGGCAUGUAAAGCCAUCACUUAUGCCAAGGCUACUUUGAAAUGAUGACAAACUACUUAUGAAAAUAGUCUCUCAAGGAGACUGUCGAGUUUAAAAAUGACCUCUGCACAAAAUAAAAGUAAACCCAAAGCAACAUGAUUGGCGCACACAGGAGGGUGAGCAGGUUCAUGCAGGGAGGACGGGUGUUAGCAUUUAACUAAUGUUCAUAACCCACUUAACUUAAACUUAAAACAUGAGCAGCAGUGAAUUGAAACAAUGAGAAGGAAGUCAAAGAUCACAGGCAUAAUUAAGUGACAAUAAAUGUAACAAAUAAUCCUGCUCAUCUAGGAUUAUAUUGGACAGAGACGUGUCAGAGCUGCAGAGGAAAUUGAAUUUUGAUGCACAUACUGUACGAAAACUAAUUAAUAUUCAAAUGUAACUGACAUUUUAUGAUAAUUGGUUUAUGUACUGUUAAUAAACUCACUUGGUCAUCUCAAGUGGCAACAUGA